AUGAAAGGCCGGUAUGCACCUAAUCUGAUAGAAAAAUCCUCGGGCUAUUCAAAACAUUAUUCAGAUUGGUUCCAGCUUUUACUUAAACGUAAAAAACAAGAGAGUUCUUGUGAUUAUGAUACACUAAAUAUAGCGCAGAAAAAGAGCUUUCGAAUGACAUAUGAUAGUUCUGCUGAGUUAUUAGCCGAUGUACGUGAUAUUUUACUAGUUUAUAUCUAUGUAUCCGAUUCAUAUUUUUGUUUAUUGUGA